AUGACCGACAACAUCCCCCUCCAGCCCGUCAGACGGCCGAAAAGACACGACAGUAAAAACAGAAAUGGGUGCUGCCCAUGGUCGAGGUGCUGUGGCAUGGGUGACUUCCGUCCCCGCACAGUGUGGCUUGGCCACCCAGAAAAGAGGGAGCAGAGGUACCCCAGGAAUGUCAUCAACAACCAGAAAUACAACUUCUUCACCUUCCUGCCUGCGGUGCUCUUCAAUCAGUUCAAGUACUUCUUCAACCUGUACUUUUUGCUUUUGGCCUGCUCUCAGUUUGUCAAUGAGCUUCGCUUAGGAGCACUCUACACCUACUGGGUCCCUCUGGGUGUUGUUUUGCUUAUCACCAUUACAAGAGAAGCAGUUGAAGAAAUAAGAUGCUACCUACGAGACAAAGAAGUAAACUCUCAGAUUUAUAGCAAGCUUUCAACAAGAGGUACAGUGAAGGUUAAAAGCAGCGGUAUUCAAGUUGGAGACCUCAUAAUAGUAGAAAAGAACCAGCGUGUUCCUGCUGACAUGAUCUUUUUAAGGACCUCUGAAAGAAAUGGUUCCUGUUUCCUGCGGACUGACCAGCUGGACGGAGAGACGGACUGGAAACUACGCCUCCCAGUGGCCUGCACACAGAGAUUACCAACUGCAGCUGAUCUUCUUCAGAUCAGGUCAUAUGUUUAUGCAGAAGAACCAAACAUUGAUAUCCAUAACUUUAUUGGAACAUUCACCAGGGAAGAUGGAGACCCUCCAGUUAAUGAAAGCCUCAGCAUUGAGAAUACGUUGUGGGCCAGCACCGUUGUAGCCUCUGGCACAGUGGUGGGGGUUGUGAUUUACACAGGCAAGGAGCUGCGCAGUGUCAUGAACACCUCCAACCCAAGGAAUAAGGUUGGAUUGUUUGACUUGGAAGUAAACUGUUUGACUAAGAUCCUGUUUGGGGCCCUGGUGGUGGUAUCACUGGUCAUGGUGGCACUCCAACACUUUGCCGGCCGUUGGUAUCUUCAGAUCUUACGUUUCCUGUUGCUCCUUUCUCACAUUGUACCCAUCAGUUUGCGUGUCAAUCUAGAUAUGGGGAAGAUGGUUUUCAGUUGGAUGAUCAAGAAGGACUCCAAAAUCCCUGGGACAGUGGUUAGGGCAAGCACCAUUCCUGAACAGCUUGGACGUAUUUCAUACCUUCUGACUGACAAAACAGGAACUCUUACCCAGAAUGAAAUGGUGUUCAGGAGGCUCCAUCUUGGAACUGUGGCAUAUGGGAUGGACUCGAUGGAUGAAGUUCAGAGCCAUGUGUUCAGUGCUUACACACAGCCCACCCAUGACCUUCCAACCUCCAGGGCUCCGGCAGCCACAAAAGUCCGCAAGACCAUCAGCAGUAGAGUCCAUGAGGCAGUGAAGGCCAUCGCCCUGGUGCACAACGUGACGCCUGUGUACGAGGCCAACGGAGUGACAGACCAGGCUGAAGCUGAGCAGCACUAUGAAGACACUUGCAGGGUUUAUCAGGCUUCUAGUCCUGAUGAGGUGUCGCUGGUGCAGUGGACUGAAAGUGUUGGUCUGACACUUGUGGGAAGGGAUCAGUCUUCCAUGCAGCUGCGGACACCUACUGGUCAAAUCCUGAACUUCACCAUCCUACAGAUAUUCCCCUUCACCUAUGAGAGCAAGAGGAUGGGCAUCAUAGUGCGUGAUGAAUCAACAGGAGAGAUCACUUUCUACAUGAAGGGUGCUGAUGUGGUGAUGGCAGGCAUUGUCCAAUACAACGACUGGCUUGAAGAGGAGUGCGGAAAUAUGGCAAGGGAAGGUUUGAGGGUCCUGGUAGUCUCUAAGAAGUCACUGACAGAAGAACAGUACCAAGACUUUGAGGCGCGAUACGUCCAGGCUAAGCUCAGUGUCCACGACCGCUCUCUGAAGGUGGCCACAGUGAUUGAGAGUUUGGAGAUGGAGAUGGAGCUGCUGUGUCUGACUGGAGUGGAGGACCAGCUCCAGGCUGACGUCAGGCCCACCCUGGAGAUCCUCCGCAAUGCUGGGAUGAAGGUUUGGAUGCUGACGGGGGACAAACUUGAAACGGCUACAUGUACCGCCAAGAACGCCCACCUCAUCACCCGCAACCAGGACAUCCAUAUUUUCAGACCCGUGACAACACGAGGGGAAGCCCACCUGGAGCUCAACGCUUUCAGAAGAAAACACGACUGUGCGCUGGUGAUAUCGGGAGACUCGCUUGAGGUCUGCCUGAAAUACUAUGAGUAUGAGUUCAUGGAGCUUGCAUGUCAGUGUCCCGCUGUGGUUUGCUGCCGAUGUGCCCCCACUCAGAAGGCUCAGAUAGUCAGACUACUGCAAGAGCGCACGGGCAAACUCACCUGUGCUGUAGGGGAUGGAGGAAACGAUGUCAGCAUGAUCCAGGAAGCCGACUGUGGCGUGGGAGUGGAGGGAAAAGAGGGAAAGCAGGCGUCGUUGGCUGCCGACUUCUCUGUGACUCAGUUCAAACAUUUAGGUCGUCUCCUCAUGGUCCACGGUCGGAACAGCUACAAGAGGUCUGCAGCCCUCAGCCAGUUUGUCAUCCACAGAAGUCUGUGCAUCAGCACCAUGCAGGCGGUUUUCUCCUCUGUUUUCUUCUUUGCUUCAGUCCCACUCUACCAAGGAUUCCUGAUUAUCGGCUACUCUACCAUCUACACCAUGUUCCCUGUCUUCUCCCUGGUGUUGGACAAAGAUGUUAAGUCAGAGGUUGCCAUGUUAUAUCCAGAGUUAUACAAAGAUCUUCUGAAGGGUCGGCCACUUUCAUUCAAGACAUUUCUAAUAUGGGUUCUAAUAAGUAUCUACCAAGGAAGCAUCAUCAUGUACGGAGCGCUGCUGCUCUUCGACUCGGAAUUUGUGCACAUCGUGGCCAUUUCCUUCACCUCUCUGAUCCUGACCGAGCUGCUGAUGGUGGCCCUGACCAUUCAGACGUGGCAUUGGCUCAUAAUAGUUGCUGAGCUGCUGAGCUUGGCCUGCUACAUCGCCUCGCUCGUCUUCCUGCAUGAGUUCAUAGAUGUGUAUUUCAUCACCACGGUCUCGUUCCUGUGGAAGGUGACGGUCAUCACGUUGGUGAGCUGUCUCCCACUUUACAUCCUCAAGUACCUGCGGAGACGCUUCUCCCCGCCCAGCUACUCCAAGCUGACCUCGUAGACGGCAGCAGGAAUCCUCCACUUUGUUUACAGAAACAUGUUCCUGUUUUCACCCAGCACAGCCUGCAGUUAGACCAGAGAAUCACACCUGGAUUCAUCCCCUUUAAUUUGUCCUGAAAGGUUUUGCUUGGAAAUGUGACAGAAACAUGUCGGGUACGGGUCGUUUUACUGAGAGGAGUGUGUGUUUGUGCACUGUGUGUGUUUAAUGCAAAGACUAACUGAAGACAAUGUCACGUCCACACACAGCAAAAAAUGACCUGGUUUUAUUUAUUGUCAGCACUGGGAAAAAAAAACAACCAAGUAGUGUAAUAACUUGACUAACACUUGAUUAAAAAAUGAUGCAGUAUUUAAAAAAAAAAAAAAAAAAAAAAAUUCUGAAGUGAACACAAGAAAAUAACUGGAAGGAAUACAUCUGACUCAUUUUUAGUUAAGUGUUGCUAACUUUUCUCUCAUUUCCACUCGCAGCUAUUUUUAUUGUUAAAUACUGACAUUCUCACUCAGGACUUGAUUCACACUUUCCCCGAACAGUUACUUCUAAACGCAUUUUGAGAAUUAUAAAGUUUAAAAAAAGUUUACUGGCCAGACUUUGCAUAAAACACAUGUCUACAAGUUUGUAUAUUUGUUUAUGCGUCACAGUGAUGCUACAGCCCAACACGGAGGAGGUGGUGUGGUUGUUUAUUUUAGCAUGACCUGUGGUGUCUGAUGUUAAAUCUGUCGUCGUGUCUUUGUAAAGGACCCUGAAUGGUUAAGUUGUUAGUGUUUGUGGAGCGCGGUCAAAACAGCCACAGAGGAGUGUUGGUUAUUUGCAUCCGGGUCUGGAGCCGGGGUUCCCGACGGGCUCCGCGUCCACUGGGGAAUGUGCAGCCCUUCAUGUGGCUGCUCCACAGGCCAGCGCUGGCCAUGCUUUAGCAUUGCAUGAUGACUCACUGUAACAGUGACCUAAAGCCAUAACUGAAAAUACCCCAGUGACCGGCCUCCAGCUGUCCCCCACCCCCCACCCCACCCACCUUUCACUUCUCACUCUUACUAACCUCUACAUUUAGCUGCGAAAGAAAAAAGGGAACAAAUCACUACUCCGCAGAUACAGUGUGAAUAGUGUUAAUAAGUAUUACUGCACAUUGAGAAAAAAAACUGGUACUGAUACUGUUUGUUCACUUCUCGUAUUUCAUUUCAGUAGUGGUGUGGUGAUGAAGAUACUGUAAAUAACUUGCGAUUAACAAAAACCCAUUAUCACUUACCACAGAAUGAUUUCAACUCGGAACAAUGGGCACUUUGAUCAUGUGACCCAAGUGUCAAACUGAGCGUCCAGGGUGCCAUAAGUAAUGCUCCUCAUUUGUCUGAUAUGUUAAGCUAAAAACUUCAAUCCUCACUGAAUUUAACCUGUUUGCACAUUAUUAUGUUUUGUACAAUUGAUUAUUAUAUUUUUUAUGUUCUAAUAUAAUUACAAAACAUAAACGAUGAAAAAAAAAAAAAAAAACUAAAGGAUUUGGUUGUGUGUAAAAGACCUGUUUUUAUUUAUUUAUUAACUUUUUAAUUUAAUGCUAUUGAUUGCACUCAAAUGAGCAGAAAAAAAGGGAGAAUUGUGUUCAUAUCAAUAUUGUGAUGAUUAAUAAAUCUCAUGGUGUUUUCUUUUA